AUGGCCGCUGCACCGCCCACGUCGCCUGCUCCUGGCUUGGUUCCCGUUUGCUUACGGGCGCCUUCAGGGAGGACGGCCAUCUACUACCUCCCACCAGGCCAUGCCGCGGCUUUGCGCUCGGAGCCGCCAAAAGCCGAGGAUGCGGGGCAGACAACUGCCAAAGCAGAAGCGCCUGCAGAGCAGGAUCCCUCUGACGUCGCCGACGUCCAUGAGGAACUGGAGGACGCCCGUCCAGAAACGCCUCAGUGGCCCUUUGUCGAAACAGACCACGAAGAGCCCGAGCUCCAGGAGGCGAAGGUGCCCAAUAUGGCCGAGCCUGUACACGCAGAGCCGAUGCAGCCAUGGCCGGUGGCUGGGCCGUGGCCGACGGAGGUGCAGCAGUUCGACUACGAGCAACGGCUGCAGCUCCAGAUGAUCCAGCAAAUGCGGAUGCAGAGCUUCCAGCAAUAUCAACCUCAUCAGCCCACUCAGCAUCCUUUUCAGCCAUUUCAGCUACCUCAAGCACAUCAGCCGCAAAGUUGCGACAGCUACGACGCCCAUCCCGUCACGAGCGAGGAGGAGCCGCCGAAGAACUUCGCCUUGCAGGCUUUGACUGAAGCCCUAGAUCGGGCAGAGGUUGAUAUGCUGACUGGCGGGCGUAGCCGCGCAAGCGAUGACGUCACAGAUGCCAUGAGGCAGUGUGGCUUCGAGGUGAAUGACUAUAUCCUCGGCGAUGCCAAUCGGGGCUCUGGUGGAUCGAUCAACUUUGCAUUGAAGGCUGCCGGUGAAGCUUUGAACAAAGCGAUGGAGUCAUCCAAGCCCAAAGGGCCCGAGCCGGAGGAGUUUGACCGAAGUCUUGCCACUGCUUUGGGCCUCACCGUGAACCCAGCCGGCCGCCGAAAAGCUCCGAAGCAGGAGGAGGAUCAUGCUCCAAGCGCAGCUGGCAGAAGCAGCCGUGCGCCGAGCAUCACACGGAAGGCCGUGGAAUGCUCUCAGCCCAGUGGCUUGGACUCACAGAGCCAAGCUUUUGAUGCAUUCGCAGAGCAGAUGCGGGCCAGCGAGACAGCCCGGUUCGAGGAAGGCUAUCCGCCGUACCGCCCCCCGCGGCAGCCGUCGGCGAGGGAGAGAGAUCUCCAGGAGAAAAGUAGAGCUCUGGUUCUGGACCUCGACCUGGACGAAGCCGCCGCGGAAGAGGCCAAGAAUGAAGAAAUCGAAGAGAUCUCCGAAGACAUAGCUGGAUUUGGAUUUGGUCUUGCGGAUGCACUCGGUCUGGAGGUCUCCACACCACCGUGGGCACGAAAGCUCCGGCCAGAGCAGCCAGAGCAGCCAGAGCACCCACAUCGCAGCCGCGCCGAGGGAGUCACAACGUCAAAGCACGAGCCAGAGCAGCCGCCCAUGCCGCCCAUGAUGGCGCCGCCGGGACCAUCCGAGCGUUUUAGCCCGGGCAGCAGCGUACAGGAGGUGAAGGAACCGGAGCUGGAUGCCGCCAAGGCUUACAGCGAGGUCGCCAGAGAAGCCGCAGCCGCUGCACUGCCGGCGCAGCUUCAAGCCAGGACCAGCGAAGACUGGAAGCAUUCCAGUCUUGAAAGACUGGACUCUCCACCGAGUCAGAUGUACAUCAUACCUGGUCUUGACCGGCGAAGACUGGAGUCAAUGUCACGGGACCUUUCGCGCGGCUGUGUGCGAAUGCCUCGAUCCAACAGUCGGCCCAAGGUGCCGCCGAUUGAGCGUCGCCCACUGCAAAAGCGCGACAACCUCGUGGACUUUGUCUUAGCUGACGCAGAUCCAGCGCGGUCCACCACACCACGGUUCAACCGCGGCCCAUCAAUGAAGGGGCAAGCCAUGAGCACCUGCUACAGCCAGUUUCCAGACAGGAAGCAGCUAACUCCUCGGAGGCAAAAGCAGGCGCAGCCGACAGUGGCCUCUCUGCCACCGCUCUCAAAAAAGAAGCGCUACCUGUGGCAGUGA